CGCCGCUUCAGACUUGAUGCCAUCGCUUGUGGUUCACAAGGUCAGGCUUUGAACAGAUCGUUGGUGGCGGCCUCCUUACUGCGAGUCGGCUGUGCCCGUGUGGCGUUAUCCAGCAUCUGCGAAGAUUGUUCGUCUGCAAUGCUCAAGCAGUGAGUUGGCUCAAGCAUUCCGUGGCGAUAGCAAACGGGCGCCAUGCGGUUCUCUUCGCCGAUUGGAACCCGCCAGGACACCAUGACCUUCUCCUCGCCGAUGAGAGUUCCGAGCAAAAACACCAUGAGCAGCUCCGCAGGGUUCUCCCGGAGCAGCCUGCUGCCUGACCAAUGGCAGGCCACGGGCACGGCCCAACGGUGCAGUUCGAGUCCUUGCCUCACCCACAACGGCGGCUCCUUGCCGCCAGUGGCCUCACCAGAUGGGGCGGCCUCGCGCCACAGGGAUAUCAACUUCAACGACAUCCGGGAGAUGCGGCAGAGUAUCAACCCUCUCGCCGCGAGACUCUCUUCCAGGGCCAAUGCGCGCGGGGCCCUUGGCGAGAGCGGUUCCGAGUGGAAGUCCGCGCAGUCGAUGCGGCUGGCCAAGCGCAUGCACAUCCGCUCGGACCUGUCCCCCGUCCAGAAGUACCCGGAGGCCGCGCUCGCCUCGCAGAACAUCGGUUGGCAUGUGGACCGCGGCGACGUCAGCCCGAAGCGUUCCCUGGUUGGCCUCAAGGAGUGCCCGAUGCAGAAGUGGAAGAUCGACCUGACCGAGAAAAAGGUGAUACUUUAGAUUGUUCUUCUUAGCCCUUGAGUGGGCUAGGCUUCGCCGCGGCGGCCAGCGACGGGAGGCGAAUUUUCGAGGCGGACAGAUUUGCGGAGAUUCUGCCCUUGGACUGCAUACUCUGCAUACCCUCCGCCGCCCAUUUGCACUCCCUCCCUGCCGCCCUUUUUGCGCUUUUCCCGCGAGUAGCGCGGAGCGCCGUGCCCGCCCAGUGCGUGGCGCCCCCUCGAAGAGGGUUAGCGAGAGGAAGUUCUCGAUCGACUUAGACCGCUGCGAUCCGCCCAGACGGUGGGUUCCUCCCACCGUGGCGUCGGUUUGCAGCUGGUGACCCCGCCAACGUGGCCUCCUCCACCCUGCAGAGGUGCCGACGGUCUGGCGAUUUUUCGUGACCCGCUCGGGCCAUGGCCAUCUGCUAGUGCGCCAUGAGCCUGACGGGCGCACUUGUCUCUUGCACCUCUCGUCCCUUCUGGCGGGUUCCUGCCCCACCUCCAGGCCGCCUUAUCCUCUCUUCCUCUCUCCCCACCCAUCCCUACCCUCUGCUCCUCCGCCCCCUCCCCAGCAUGGUAUAGUUCCGGUGCGAGGCACGAGGCCAUCACCGCAGCUAGAUCUAGGCCACGAGGCGGCCCCGCGACGGCCACAUAGAGGCCCCGUCGCCGUGCCCCAUCCAUGCCAGCCUCGUGCGCGUGCUGGGCGGCGGUGGCCUCUUCUGCUUCGUUCUCCCCGCGGCGUGCCGCCCGGCGUGCCCAGCCGUGGGGGCGAGAGCGCGGAGGCGGCCCGUGAGCAGCGUGCACCAAAAUAUCGUGUAGCCCACGGGGGAUUCUGUGGAGUUCUGACGGGGUCACACUACUGAUCAGCGUGUUGUUCCCUGUGAUCUGGCCCAGCCAGAAGAGUGUUUUGUUGACGAGCGUGGUCUAGCUUUUCCGCCAGAUCUCGGCAGAUCGAAACCCUGAGCGAGGGCAGGGGGUUGCCAGCUACACUUACUAAGUUCGCCACUUGCUUAGGCCGCCACUUCCAAUCUCAUUACUGGAGUAAUGCUCGCCAGCGCGGGCCCGAAGCAGUAAGGUCUUGCACUGUGGAUGUGUAAACCAUGUGAUGCGCGCUACGCGGUGCAAGCUGUGCAAGCUGUGCAAUGUAAUACGC